UUUCAGAUAAGAAGUCUGAAGCAAGGGCGCGCGGUGAAUCAUUGAAGGAUAUGCCGCCAGGCGCCGCUAGUAUUCCCCCGCCACACAAUAUGGCGGCCCAGCGCCAUGACACAGUCAAAAAAGAACCCAUAGAGCGGGUGAGUCGUUACAGUCCUGAACUAAACCACGCCUACGGACAAUCCCUCCCCCCUCCCGUGCUCUCGGGUCCCCAUCCGUCCACGGACCCACGAUCUCAUCCUUCACUGCAGGACCAUGGUCCAAAAUUCGAUUUCUAUCGUCCAAACACCGACGACGGACGAUUAGGACAUUUAUGUUAGUUCAGAUUGAUAGAUCUGAGAAAUCUGUGAUUUUUAAAUUCUCUUUUUCCUUUUUCCAAUUUUUGUUUUCUUUCCUUUCCUCUCUUUUUCCGGUCUUUUUUAUUCCUUUCUAGUUUGUGUUUUCUGAAUACUAAAAACCCUGUCUAACGUUUAGUACAGGGUUAUCCACAAAGGAUGAGGCUUAAGAGACGACUGUACGGAAUGUAUUUAGUCUUUGUUAUUACAUUUAUGAUUCCCAGCAGAUUUUAAUUUUGAAAAAUCAUUUAGCAAACUAUUAAAAAACUACAUUAAAGACAGAAAACCAAAAUUAAGAAUAAGAUCGUCACAUUUUUAGAGUUUUGGGUCGUCAUUUAAGUAUUUUGUUGGUAACCCAGUACGUAGUAUGUAUUAUUGUAAAGAAUUGAUAUUUUUUAAAAAGAAAUGUUCAUUGAUUUAAUCAAAUUGAUUUUAAAACUUUGAAGAAAACUUCAUUUGAAUUAGAAACCUAGA